CGAACCGAAUCCUCCGCAACUCGCCGCCGCCGGGACCGACCGACCCGGUCCUAUCGAUCGAGGAUGUCGUACGCCUACCUCUUCAAGUACAUCAUCAUCGGCGACACAGGCGUGGGGAAGUCGUGCCUGCUGCUGCAGUUCACGGACAAGCGCUUCCAGCCCGUGCACGACCUCACCAUCGGCGUCGAAUUCGGCGCCCGCAUGAUCACCAUUGAAAAUAAGCCCAUCAAGCUCCAGAUUUGGGACACGGCUGGCCAAGAAUCAUUCAGAUCUAUUACUAGAUCAUACUACAGAGGUGCUGCUGGUGCCCUUUUGGUUUAUGAUAUUACUAGGAGGGAGACCUUCAAUCAUCUCGCAAGUUGGUUAGAAGAUGCAAGGCAGCAUGCAAAUGCUAACAUGACUGUGAUGCUGAUUGGAAACAAGUGUGAUCUUUCUCAUAGACGUGCUGUCAGCUAUGAGGAAGGUGAACAGUUUGCCAAGGAGCAUGGUCUGGUCUUUAUGGAGGCAUCUGCUAAAACUGCACAAAACGUUGAGGAGGCAUUCAUUAAGACCGCUGGUACAAUAUACAAGAAAAUCCAAGAUGGCAUAUUUGAUGUAUCAAAUGAGUCCAACGGGAUCAAAGUUGGCUACGCUGUUCCCAACUCAUCUGGAGGUGGUGCUGGCUCGUCCUCUCAGGCUGGUGGCUGCUGCAGUUGAGUGGUGGCAGCAAGUCAUACAAAUGCACAAGGUUCUCCCUGCAGUAUCUUGAUGUUUGCCUAUAGCUGGACCCGGAUGAUUUGUUCUUUCAGCCAUCAUGUUUCAAUCCAUAAGCAAAUCAUCUUCAGUGUUUAACUGUCCUUUUGCAAUUCACGAUUACUGCUCCCUAUGUGUCUUCUGUAACCAAAUUGAAAUCAGUUUUAUGGUAUUCAUUUGUUCAACAUGU